UUAUUCCCUUUCAGAAACAAUCGGCAAGACUAGUCAGAAGCUAGUUUUUAACAGCACCGUGUUGUUGCACAAAGACCAUCUCCCCCCAAAGUGUUAGUGUGUGACUAUUGAUUGCAAUUGUCUCAGUGAGUUUCAAUGGAUAAAGGAACCUGGACACUCCCUCAAUAAUGCUGCGCUGGCAGAAUGCGGGGGGUUUGGAGGGGAGAUGUGGUGUCUUUCCAUGUCUUUCUUUGCUCCCCUUGCUCUGGACUUGGCUCCUAAGCCACGAUACGGCCGAAGCUUUUCCGACAGGGAGGAUUGAGGUGGAAGUGAGCGCAGUCCCUUUGAGAAAAUCCUGUCAGUUUACUCCAUAUCGAGAAGAACUCGUCAAUAGUUCUCUUAUUCGAAGGAAACGUUACAUCAUUAAUCCCAUGGGACACAAGUGGAACCAUUUCAACAUCACCUACAAGAUUGUCCAGUUCCCCAGCACGCUGAGCAAGUAUGACACCAGGAAAGGCAUCAGCACGGCCUUUGGCAUAUGGAGCAACGUCUCUCCACUGACGUUUGCCGAGGUUCACGGGCGAAGAAACGCCGACAUCAAACUGGGAUUUUACACCUUUGAACACUCUGACUGCUGGUCGACAAUGCUUCACCCCUGCUUUGAUGGCCGAAAUGGUGAGCUGGCUCAUGCCUUCCUGCCGCCCGUGGGGGAGAUUCACUUUGAUAACCACGAUGCCUGGAUCCUGGGCAAGGCACGAUUCGACAGGAACCAAGGGGUUUGGCUGAAUGAUUUAAUACAAGUGGCGGCUCAUGAAAUUGGCCAUGCAUUGGGGCUCAUGCACUCCCAGAACCAGAAUUCGCUCAUGCACCCCAGCAUCACGUACACAGGCCAGCGGGACGUCACCCAGGACGACAUCAGUGGGAUACAGCAACUGUACGCCUGCCAUGAUAAAAGACGGUUUUGUGGCUCUUGGGCUAGAGUUGGCUUCUGCGAGCGGCGCCAGACCUUUAUGAAGGAUAAUUGUCCAAAAUCUUGCAACGUGUGUUAAGGAUAUGACAGAUUCUAAUAACACAGUGUUGACUGACAAUCAGAGACUGAUUUGGUGCUGUUUGCAGAGGCUUUCCUUAGAUUUCUCAUGGUUCCUUGCUCUCUGCCUGGAGUCUCGUGGAUUUUAUCUGUUGUAUCAAAAAUAUUUCUUCCACUCUCACCUCGCUUCCUCCCUUUCCUCC